UUUGACUCACCGCCUGGACAUGCUCUCAUUUCGAGAAUUGUUCAGUGUUAUGUCCCAUAUGUCCCGCAUGACUAUGUGCUCGAAGGUGUUGGCAAAGUCUUGGAUGGAAGUGACUUGGUGGCUAUCACACCAACUGGCUCUGGGAAAACAGGAUACAUGGCUUUUACUGCCCUCGUCAUGAGAGAACUCUCAGCUUCCCCGGAAAGCUAUCUGCAUCUGAAAGAUAUCAUCAAAAAAUUUCCCAAACACCCACUCAUGCUCGCCAUUUGCCCCACGGAUUACCUAGAGUAUCAAAUGGAGGAGAAUUUCGCUCGUAUCAGUUUGAAUAUUCUGGUCAUAAACAAUGACACUCUCCAAGCAGCUCGACUGAAUAAACAUCCUGAGUUAUGGCAACAAGCUCAAGAUAACUUAUCAUUAUCCAUCAUCCUCAUCUCUCCGGAACAGCUCAAGUCGAAGAGCUACGAGGCUGCCCUCAUGAAUGACAGAUUCUAUGAGCGGAUAUACGCAAUGACUGUUGAUGAAGUCCACCUUCUGUUGACUUGGGGAAAGAGCUUUCGGAAACCAUUCCAACAGAUAGGUUUAGCAAAAGCUCGACUUCCAGAUAAUGUCCGUACUCUUGCUUUGACUGCCACCAUGCAGGUUGGUUCAGCUCUUCACUCCAUCUGCAGAUUCUUGGGGAUGCCAGAAGGAAAAUACCACCUUAUUCGACGUUCCAAUCAGCGACCUGAUAUCCAGCUAAUCUUCCGUGAGAUCUCUUCGCCUGUCGAAGGUCUAUUCUUCCCUGAACUUGACUGGGUAUUGAAGGAGAAGCGGAACACCAUCAUUUUUGCACGAAGAAUCCAUUUUGGAAACCGGAUUCAUGAAUACAUGUAUCACCAAGACAAAAAGUCAGGAGGCGAUCCACGUACUGUCUUGAAGCGUAUGCGGGAGUACACUUCACUAUCAGCUGAAUAUAAUGAACAAACUCGGGUGUUCAUGCAGUCCGGAGAUUGCUUAGUUGUAUUUGCGACGAGCUCGUUGGCAGUUGGCGUUGAUGUUGACAAUGUGCAGGACGUGAUUGUUUUUGGAGACCCGGAGGAUGUGAAUGAGCUAAUUCAGAUGAUUGGGCGUAUACGACCUCGCUGGCAACAAUCAGGCAACAGGCCUACUCACCGUGGAAUCAUUUACUUCUUUCCCAAUGCUUCUGAGCGAGCCGAGCGAGCAAUUAUCCUGAAAGAUGUCACUGCAAGCUCAAAGUUCUCAGAGUUAGAGAAUGCAGCUAACGAAAUGGACAAAGGGCUUGCUCAGCUCUAUCGUGCUAGGUGCAAGACUGCUGAAAUCGAUGCCCAGUUCCAGAAUCCAAGCAAUGACAAGCUAUGUCAAUGCCCUACCUGUCGAAAUUUCCCCUUCCUUCCAACGCAAAUCACCUGCAUUUGUAGUGGCUGCGUUCCCGAGGAAACA